UUCUUUUUUUUUUUUAUUUUCAAUAAAGAUUCUGUUUUUAAUUUCUUUUAAAAAUUUUCUUUAAUCUUUCUUUUCCCCAAUGAUGUUGGUUUGGUUUGGGUAUCGUGUAUAUAUAUAGUAUAUACGAUAUACACAGUAUAUUCUUCAAUCUCGUGAAGGAGAUAACACUCAUAAACGAAAUCUUCGUUUUUUUUUUCUUCCAAAAAGGGUUUUUCUCUUCCUUUGCAUGGAAGUGAGGUGGAUUAACAAAGCCUGAGCUAGAAAGAAGAAAGAAAAAUCGCUUUUUGAAUCCAAGAUGGAAGCACAUAGCUAUAAGGAUGCACAAGUCAUUGAAAUAAGUGGAGAUCAUGAUGAAACAAGGAAUCCAGGAGGGAGUAAGAUCUGUAGUGAAGCACCAUGUGGUUUUGCAGAUGCAGGAUCCAUCUCUAAAGAUUCUGAGGAACGAUCAACUUCCAUGCGGAAGCUUUUGAUAGCAGUGGGCCUUUGUUUUGUUUUCAUGACUGUUGAAGUAAUUGGAGGGAUCAAAGCCAACAGUCUUGCAAUAUUAACUGAUGCGGCACAUUUGCUUUCGGAUGUUGCAGCCUUUGCCAUCUCGUUAUUUUCGUUAUGGGCUGCUGGAUGGGAAGCUACCCCCCGCCAAUCAUAUGGAUUUUUUAGAAUAGAGAUUCUUGGGGCUUUGGUUUCCAUCCAAAUGAUAUGGUUGCUUGCUGGAAUUCUGGUAUACGAAGCAAUUGACAGAAUGGUAGCCGGUCCUCGUGAAGUGGAUGGUUUUCUAAUGUUUUUAGUUUCUGCAUUUGGUCUAGUGGUUAACAUCAUCAUGGCUGUGCUAUUGGGCCACGAUCAUGGACAUGGGCAUGGACAUGGGCAUGGGCAUGGGCAUGGCCACGGGCAUGAACACGGGCACGGCCAUGAACACGGACAUGAGCAUGGCCAUGAUGAUCAUGGCCAUGGCCAUGGAUUCACCUUGUCUACACAUGAUCAUCAUCCCCAUCAUCAUCAUCAUACAAGUGACGUGCACCAUCAUGCUCAUGAUGAUCACACACACCAUGGUGAUGAAAACCCUCCAAAAGAGGGACAUCAUGGGCAUAAUCAUGCUCACCAGGAUGUUACUAAACCACUUCUUGGUGAACCUGAACCGGAGAAGAAGAAGCGAUUUAACAUAAAUGUACAGGGUGCUUAUCUCCAUGUCCUCGGGGACUCUAUCCAAAGUGUUGGUGUAAUGAUCGGUGGAGCAAUCAUAUGGUAUAAGCCUGAGUGGCAGAUAGUUGAUUUGAUCUGUACUCUAAUCUUUUCGGUAAUUGUUCUGGGGACGACUAUCAAUAUGCUUCGAAACAUAUUGGAGGUUCUGAUGGAGAGCACACCACGAGAGAUCGAUGCUACUAAGCUGGAAAGUGGGCUGCUGGAGAUGGAAGAAGUAGUGGCUGUUCAUGAGCUGCAUAUAUGGGCCAUAACCGUCGGUAAAAUCUUGCUAGCUUGCCAUGUUAAAAUCAGACCCGACGCCGAUGCAGACAUGGUCCUAGACAAGGUUAUUGACUACAUCAAAAGGGUCCAUAACAUCAGCCAUGUUACAAUACAGAUAGAGCGUUAGUUCUUUUUCCAUCAGGUUUUGAGAUUAUGAGGGAAGGAUUUAGUUUAGACUUGGGGGGCAUUAUCAUGUUUCUAGAACUCAAAUUUCUCUAUGACAAUAAUGCUUGCAGAUUCUCUUUAGCAGUAGCAGUUUUUAAGAUUGUUGAUAUUGAGAAUUAGAUAUUUUGCAUGCCAAAUUUUCAAGCUACUAGACAUUGUAAGCCAAUUUUUCGCCAUAUUCCAUAGUUCUUAGCAUUGUAUUGGGUAUUUUGAGUUGAAUUGUUACCUGGUAGUUGAAUCUAAACCAUUGAAAUGAUCCUAAAUGGUUAAGAUCCAAGAAUUUCUGUACUCACAAAAUUACAAGGUUCACUGAAGAAUUGGCCAGUUUGAAAGUUUGAAUCUUUGUUUGUUGCAUCACAAGAGUGCCUUGGUCAUAUAAAAAAUCCAUUGUUACUUCUAAGAAUCAAAAGGGUCCCCAUCACACAGAUUGGCACCUGCAAACUGUGUUUUAGAGUGUGUAUUUUACUGACAAAUUCAAUGUCACAAGCACGUGAGACUGUAACUGUUUCUCAGAAAUUUGUUUUGGUGAUGGUGGCUAUGACAAAAUUUUACACCU